AUGGAAAAGCAUAUCAACAUUGAAAGCUAAAAAGUGCAACGAAACUUUGAAGAAGAAAUUCUGAAUACCGAAAGUGAUGAGCAUAUUUACUAAGUAUCAGAUAUCGAAAAGUGGCUUAACGAAGCUAAAACAAUUGCAGAGGACAACAUACGAGACCUAGAGCAAUAAAAUCAGUGUCUUCAAAACGAACAUGAUCAAUUAAAUAAGAUUGAGUUUGAUAUAUACAACUUAGACACAGUUUUAUUAAUGGAUCGAGAUUUAAGAAAGGCAUUCAUCAAUGAAGAAAUAUCAUAGAAUGAUAACUAUAUUUACAGAUUUUAGUCUGAACUUUAGGAAAUCUAAACAAAGAUGGCAAAUAUUGAAAGAUUAAAAACUGACAUUAGAGAAAAUCCUGGCUAUAUCUUCAGAUAGCUUGAUGGUACUAAGUUAAAAUAGGUCUUUCUUACUUUAAAGUAAUAUAAACAAAUGUAUAUAGACUACUUACUGGGAAGGAGAGGAUACAAUGAUAAGAAUAAAUAAAACCUAUUUAGUGUCAAUAAAUAUGAGGAUUAAAGUUUGAAAUUUGGUUUUAAUUAGUAAUCGCAAAAUGAUUAUUAAUCAAAGCAUGAUUAAGUUUAAUCAAAGGCUUAAUAGAACUACCACAUUAAUGCUUUUGAAAUUGCUUAGCAAAAACAUGAAUAGAGUAUAAAUCAAAAUCAAGACAAUAAUCACAUUCAAUUAGCAUCAAUAGAUUAAAAGAUAGUAAGUUUUUAGGUGGAACUGGACUUAUAGAAAGAAAAAAUGAACGAAGUAUUUGAAUUUAUUGAUAAAUUUGAAGGAGAUAAUAGUCAGUAAACAUUAGUGCAAGUAAAGAAAUACGAAUUGACAACUAUAAGUAAAGGCAUUUAAAGAUAAGAAAAUAUGUUAAUAAAGCUCUAAUUAGAAAGAGACAAGCUUAUAAGAAUUUUAGAUGCAGCUAAAGUUCAAAGAGAAUGUGAAUAGGAAAAUCGUAACCGUAGAUAUUACAUUUGA